AUGAACACCCUCUUGUCAUGCCGCGCCUUUGGAGGGCUGGUGUCUCAUAUCCGUGGCUGCAAAACCACCAGCUUUGGUGCCAUGCCAAAGGGCAACGUGGCAACAGGAGCCUGGCCAUCAUCAUCCAGCAAGGACACGAGGCUGGGCCAAGUGCUUUCCCGCAGCUCUUCAACUACGAAGGUGUCACGAAACAGCGUUGCGUACCAACCCAAGCAUGAGGAGGUCCACGCAGAGCAAGGGGAAUGGCUCUGGCCUGUCGACAACACGCAGCUGACCUUCAUCGAGGCUCACCGGGUUGCAGCUCGGCACACGGGCGCCUUCACGACCCUCAACUCUGCCAAACCCCUGAGGAUCGAACACGUGUCCGAGAUGCUCCACCACCUGCAGAGGAAGCUCCCAUUUACAAUGUACUGA